ACCAUUUUUUGACAGAGGCAGAAUUUUUCCUCAAUAACAAAGUGAAAACGAAAAGUACCUAUAUCGACGAGGUGUUGUAAUGAAGUUUCCUCAAAAUCAAAACUAAAUCGCGUGAAAAAUUCGUUAAAAUCCAAGAAAAGAAUUCGAUUCCUUCGCAUUAUAAAUCAAAGUGAAAGUCUCUGCAAGACAAAUUCUCUUCGAACACGAAUAAAAUAAAAUUAAAAUGUAAAAAAGGAACUUCAUCGAUCUUCCGGAGUCGUCGUCGUCGUUUUCGUCGUAGUCGUCGUCAUUUUCAUUUUAUCGGAUUUUCUCAUUUGCGAUUCUAUAAAUAAAAUCUGUGGAAACAGUGCAAAGAGCCAGCCUACAUUCUCGCAAAGAAUUGAGUGUUCUGUUGAGUUUAACUCAGGAAAAAACGAACAAAUUAACAACACCAAAGAGAAACACAAAAAAAGCUUACAAAAACGAAACGAUAAUAAUAAAAGAGAGUUAAAAUGUCUGAUUUUGUGCCACGUGAUAUUUUACCGGAUUUGUGGGAAGAAAUACUCCAAAGGCAUUGGACAUUUCUAGAGACUGAAGAAAGUAUGCAAAAACUAGAGGAACGAAAGAAAUUAGAAGCAUGUUUAAAAGAGUUCCUCUGUGUUGUGCCACAUGAUAGGAAAUUCUUCCUACCCGAAACAGCUCAUGUGUUAAAGAAGACUGUCAAAGAACUGGAUGAUUUUAAUGCUUUCAAGGCAAUGGUUGGAUUCGAGUCAAUAAGUCAGUAUGCUAAUAAUCUCUUCACAAAACCAUGGAGAAAAGAGUACAGAAUUAUAAAGAUGUAUUCCGGUUUUUAUCAACAUGAAAUUAAAUCAAAUCUAGUUGAUGCAGAAAAACUCUUUGAGGCAAUGGGCUACCGUCAGAUUUCAAAUCAGAUUCUGGUGUUGGAUGGACCGAUUUGUCCGGAUCAGGUCACAAAUGUAUCUCGAGACGCUAUGGCCGCGUAUGUUGAAUGCCAAAUAAUGAAACAAAUCAAAGCUGGACUGACCGCACUCCCACUUGUUUGUUCUUGGAUUGAUAUUUUUAAAUUUAGAGAAACUCAUUUAGGUGGCGCAUCUCAGGCAAUCAAAGCAAUAGCUUAUGCAGAACAAGAAAGGAGGUUUCGGGCAAAGAAACUUGCAGAAGCUCAAUUUACAUCUCAAGUAGCGCCUCCUCCUCCACCUGUCGGCCCUAAAGGUGCAUCCUCGUGCGAAAACUGUGCAGUUCAUGGAAACUAUCAUCAUCACUUGCAUCCCUCAGCUGGGCCUCCGAUUCAUCAAAUUCCGAAUGGAUGCAAUAUGCGUUCGCAGCCCAGCUAUAACCCUCCCUGCACUCUUCAUCACCCCACCAGCAAUAUGAUCCAUUGCAAACACCCAAACUACUCACAGAUGUCACACUCUAGAAGUCUAGAGCACUACAACGAACAUUCAGAUGGCCCUCCCUUGCCCCAUCGUCACUCCUUCGACCAACCCCCACAAUCCCACCAGCCUCAGCACCUCUAUGACAAUCCUUACGACUGUGUCGAAAGCUAUCAAAACGCUUGCAACUUCAAUGCAUACAACCACCCGUACAAUGUAUCAGGGAAUCGUUAUCCUCUACCUUACAAUAUAUCCAACCAAUUGAACAAUCACAAUCAGUACGCCUACACUAGCUCCGGAAACAUGUAUCAUCCUGUUGCGGGAUGUGGCCAUAAAAUCCCCCCACCAGCUAUCGAAUCUUCGGCAUAUGGAGAUUGCAAUGGGGGCUAUGCCAAAAUAACCCCCUGCAAUUACACUCCCCAUCAGUCAUCACGAAAUAGCGGUGGAGGCAAAGACUUUCAGAACUACAGGCAAAGAUCCUUUCCGCCAGAUCAUCAGCUAAUCGAUUUCGAGGAACGACCUGCGCCCCAUGAACUCCCCCACUCUCACUCCCGCUCUCAAAACAACAGUUUCGACUUGCACGACCGCACUACACAGAUCUACGAUAACAGGCGAAGUCGUUCUAGCAUGACGCAAUCAACUCUGCCCUCACAAAAGGACAUCUACAGCCGUAAUCACAACAAUCACAUAGAAAGCUCAGACGACUUGGAUGGUAACUAUGUGUAUGCCACGCCCAUACCUGUAAAACAUCGAAAGGUGACGACUGAAAAAUACUUGAAGAACUCGGAAAUCCUACAAGAGUACGAAAAGAUACUAGACAAUAAAAAGCCUCCAUUGGACGUUGUUGUUCAAACCAAUGGCGGAUCCCACACAUCUCAUGCACCCUUGGAUAACUUUGAGAGCUUCGAUGACUUUGUGAAUGUUGAAAACCCAAAAGGCAGCUUAAGCGACUCGACUGCUGCGACAAAAGCUCCCAAGGCCAAUAAAAACCAAGAUGGAGUUGGAUCAUUUGAGUCAUGGGACUACGUAUUUCAGAAUCUCGAAAAACACGGCUAUUCAAAGGAUCUCGGUGAAAGAGGCGAUCUACUGGUACAAAGCCUUGAUCUAGACUCCCUGAAUAUAUCGGCGGGAAGUCAUAUUGGAACGGAAAAGCGCCGCGUGAAUCGCAACCCCGAGGCGAAACCUCGCCCGUUAAACGGCGAAAAUGGAAAGUCUAAAACGCUCGAAAAGGCUGUCCCGGUUUCUUCACGGAAUAGAAAUGGCACCGAAAAGUCAAUACUGAAGGUACAACCCAAGCCCGUCGAGAAUGGUCAAGUGUUGCACUUAAAACCAAGUCUGAAAUCCAGCACCAAACACUUAAACAAUAAUUUCGAAGAAGAUAACAAUCAUCAUCAGCAACAACAGCAGCAAUCCUCAAACGAGCGAGUUGUGUCAAGUCGGUUAAGUAGCUCUUCAUCACGACCGCCUUCGAUCAUAGCAAAUAAUACGAUCAAUCCAAUUGCGACUCAAGUCAUUGUGACAAGUCCGAACGAAUGGAGCUGUAGAUUUUGUACGUUUUUGAAUCCUGACACCAAACGAGUUUGUGAGAUGUGUUCGAAGAGUAAAAAUUUGAUUUUGGAGUCGACUAAUACGCCGACUUGUGUUUAAUUAAAUUGAUCUUGAACUUUA